GAUCUCAAUAACGAUGUAAAUACUCCAUAAAUACUCCAUAAAUACUAUAAAUGUAAAUAAUCAAGUGGCUACUGAUUACUUUUAUUCUAAUGGUCUGACAUGUUAAAGAAACUUAGGUUCAUCUAUGUUACUACUACAUAAAUACUAUAGAUAUAAUUACCAAGUACAAACUGGAUAUUUUUUGGUUUUUAUGAGUGUUGCCAAAUGUUGGAUCUUUAGUUAGAUCUUUGAAUUGAUUUUCGGAAAAUCUUCUUCUGUGCGCAAUUACUAUAAAGUUUCAGAUGGUUAUUUACUUUCUAGAGAUUUCCUAGAUCUGUAGUGCCUUGAGCUUAGUUUCCCUUUGCAUAAUCACUUCUGAAUUCGUUUGAGUAAGUUCUUUCCCAGAUUUUUCCAAAUUUGUUAUUGCUGAAUGCAUUAUGUUUGGCGGAAACGAUGAUGUGGAUACAUUCUACGAUUGCCGAAGUGACGAAGAGUGUUCGCCGGAAUCGGUAGUGGGUGGUGGUGAUGAGGUUAUCUGCAAACAGGCUCCCCGAUUUGAUGAUCCCGUGGAGAUUCGGGCCGUGCUGGAACGAGCAGCCACUGCCACACAGCGGCUUUUAAGGUGCUAUGGCGGCACCGAUUUUUGUGUGCCCCCUCGUCCAACGAUGACCCGGUUCUACCCGGCCACACUGGAGGUCAGUGCCCGUCUCCACACCGAUGACAAGUGUCCCUGUCCCAAGGACAGGCAAUGCAAGUUGAUUGGCGACCCGGUGACCCUCAAGCUGCCCAUCGAACUGAAUCCGGAGAGCGGCCAGGUCAAGGUGAACAUCUUCAAGCCGAAGUCAAUUGGCACCUUCUGCGGCUGCAAUGCACCCAAAAAUCAGAGCAGACCCAAGAGCAGGAGGUCCAGUGUGCGAUGGAGCACUCAGGAACACGUUUGCUCCGAUGGCCAGGAGCCGAAUCAAAGCUCGUGAAUUCCACUGAUUGCAAAUACCAUUCCAUGUCCCCAAAGUGAUUGCUUCUCUUCAAAAUUUAUUAACCAUUAAAUUGAGCAAUGUUUAGAACAAA